GGGCGGGCUAGCAGAGCAGAGGAAGUAAGGGGGUUGUGGGGAGAGCUUGAGGCGGGUAACGUGGGGCGGCAGAGCUGUGGCCGCUGCACCAGAGGGCGGAAGCACCGGGGAAAUCGCUGGCGUAGAGAGAGGGAGCGGUGUGUGGAUGCGUCCUGGCCGGAGGAGCAGCUUCCCUGAAAGUGGACAAGCCCCAGGCACACCAGGCGGCCAGACCUGAGGGUCGUCAGGAAGGGAUAGUGUGAGCCUGGGUUUCUGGAGGCGGCGCGCGGGCGGGGUAGGAGGCAGCUGCAGGUGUGAGGCCACUGACUGAGAAGAGAGGAGUUCCCAGGGGAAGGGAAGCGGCAGGAACAACUGCAGAAGUGGAGGGAGCGGGAAGGUACUAGGGCAGAGCUUCCCGCCGCCACCAGCCGGGGCCGCAGCUGGAACAGCAGGGGGAGGAGCAACAGCUGCCGAAUUCUCCAACUAGAGGAGGGGGAGGCGGAGCUUGGGUCCCUGUAGCAGCCGGAGGCGCAGUCUGGACUCUAGUUUCCCGGGAGAGCCGAGAGCUGGAGCACGAGCGGAGCGGAGCGCGUCCUCCGAGCAUCAGCUCCAGCAUCCCGCCAGGGGUUGCAGGUGUGUGGGAGGCUUGAGCUCUCCCAACAUGGCUUUCCUUGGACUCUUCUCUUUGCUGAUUCUACAAAGUCUGGCUUUAGGGGCCACUUUCCCUGAUGAAACCAUUGCUGAGUUGUCAGUGAAUAUGUAUAACCAUCUUCGAGCCACUGGGGAAGAUGAAAAUAUUCUUUUCUCUCCAUUGAGUGUUACCUUCGCUAUAGGAAUGAUGGAACUUGGGGCCCAAGGGUCUACCCUGAAAGAAAUCCGUCAUUCAAUGGGAUAUGAUAGCCUGAAAAAUGGUGAUGAAUUUUCCUUCUUGAAGGAUUUUUCUAACAUGGUCACUGCUAAAGAGAGCCAGUAUGUGAUGAAAAUUGCCAACUCCCUCUUUGUGCAAAAUGGAUUUCAUGUCAAUGAGGAAUUUUUGCAAAUGCUGAAAAAGUACCUUAAAGCAGAAGUUAAUCAUGUGGACUUCAGUCAAAAUAUAGCUGUGGCCAACGAUAUCAAUAAGUGGGUGGAGAAUAACACAAAUAGUCUGUUGAAGGAUUUGGUAUCCCCCAGGGAUUUUGAUGCCGGCACUCAUUUGGCCCUCAUCAAUGCUGUCUAUUUCAAGGGGAGCUGGAAGUCACAAUUUAGACCUGAAAAUACUAGAACCUUUUCCUUCACCAAAGAUGAUGAAAGUGAAGUCCAAAUUCCAAUGAUGUAUCAACAAGGGGAAUUUUAUUAUGGAGAAUUUAGUGAUGGUUCCAAUGAAGCUGGGGGUAUCUACCAAGUCCUAGAAAUACCCUAUGAGGGAGAGGAGAUAAGUAUGAUGCUGGUAUUGUCCAGGCAGGAAGUUCCACUGGCCACUCUGGAGCCAUUGGUCAAAGCACAACUGAUUGAAGAAUGGGCAAACUCUGUGAAGAAACAAAAAGUGGAAGUGUACCUGCCCAGGUUUACCGUCGAACAGGAAAUUGAUUUAAAAGAUGUUUUGAAGGCUCUUGGAAUAACUGAAGUUUUCAUCAAAAAUGCAAAUUUGACAGCUUUGUCUGAUAACAAGGAGAUUUUCCUUUCCAAAGCAAUUCACAAGUCCUUCAUCGAGGUUAAUGAAGAAGGCUCAGAAGCUGCUGCAACCUCAGGAAUGAUUGCAAUUAGUAGGAUGGCUGUGCUGUAUCCUCAAGUUAUUGUCGACCAUCCAUUUUUCUUUCUUAUCAGGAACAGGAGAACAGGUACAGUCUUGUUCAUGGGACGAGUCAUGCAUCCUGAAACAAUGAAUACAAAUGGACAUGAUUUUGAGGAACUUUAAAUCAUUUCAUAUGCAAAAUAGUAACUAAACGUGUUAUGUUUGCAACUGGUGUAUUUAAGAUUUGUGUUUUACAGUAUAUCUUAUGAUAAUAUUUAAAAAUAGUUCCAGAUAAAACAAUGUAUGUAAAUUAUAAGCCAACUUGUCAAGGAAUGUUAUCAGUAUCAUUGAGGUACUAGUCCCAUGGUGUCACUGUGUCUGUUGUGCUGGUAUUUAAAAUAAAAAUACAUAUUCAUCAGGUGAA